AUCAUCAUCACCUUCAUGAUGAUUGUGACCAUCGUGGGAAACAUCCUGGUCAUCAUCGCCGUCCUGACGUCCCGGUCACUGAAGGGGGCUCAGAACCUCUUCCUGGUCUCACUCGCUGCUGCAGACAUCUUGGUUGCGAUGCUCAUCAUCCCCUUCUCGCUGGCCAACGAGCUGCAGGGCUACUGGGCGUUCAGCUCCAUCUGGUGUGAGAUCUACCUCGCCCUAGACGUCCUCUUCUGCUCCUCCUCCAUCGUCCACCUGUGUGCCAUCGCCUUGGACCGCUACCUGUCCAUCUCGCGGCCUGUGUCCUACAGUACGAAACGGACUCCAAUACGAAUCAAGGUGGCCAUCAUCAUCGUCUGGCUGAUUUCAGCCGUCAUCUCCUUCCCUCCGCUGCUCACCCUGGAUAAGAUUGAUGGCGGCGAGAAGUGCGAGCUGAACAACGAGCGCUGGUACAUCCUCUACUCCACUAUCGGAUCCUUCUUCGCCCCCUGCGUCAUCAUGAUCCUGGUGUACAUGAGGAUUUAUCAGAUCGCUAAGCAGCACACGCGAAGUUUGCCGGGUCAGAAACCUAAAGUGGCAUCCGGCGUGGUGUCAGGUGCGGUGGCCGGCGUGGCGUCUGGCGUGGUUGCCGGCGUGGCGUCCAGCAAUGAAAACCAGGGAGGUCCAGCUUCCUGUCCAUGGGAGAAAGGCCCAUCCCCAUUUGAUUCCAACCUGCUUUUGCUUAGAAAGCUGGCUGAGAGGACCACAGUCCAGAAAGCCUCCUCGGAUGAUCCUUGGGAAGGCCCAGUCCUCCCAGUCCUCCCAGCUGAGCAUCCGGACCUGGAAAGGGAAACAAAUCCUGACAAUGUGUCCAACUUUUGCUCCGAAGCUGAGCAGGAAAUCGACAAUCAGCCAGGCGUCUCUAAGGAAAUCGAAAACGAGCCGGUUGGACGAGCACUGAAGUCGUCCCACACCGAAGGGGACAAAGUCCAGGUCCUGGAUCAGGCCUGCAGAUACAAAAACACCAUGACCACACCAUCCGGCACCAGACUGGCUCCUGAGGACACACCUAAGUCUCAAGGGACGCCUGUUUCCCGGCGUAAGGCCAUGGCAAACAGAGAGAAGAGGUUCACUUUCGUCCUGGCUGUGGUGAUGGGCGUCUUCGUCAUCUGUUGGUUCCCCUUCUUCUUCUCUUACUCCCUGAAAGCGGUGUGCCCCCAGACCUGCAUCAUCCCAGAGGCCUGGUUUAAAUUCUUCUUCUGGAUUGGCUACUGUAACUCCUGCCUGAACCCUGUCAUCUACACCAUCUUCAACAAAGACUUUAGAGGGGCCUUCAAGAGGAUCCUGUCCAGGGACACCAAGGGUACCUUCUUCUAG